UCUCUUUUUACUGCUAUUAGCCCCUUCAAAUACAAAAGGCAAUAGCCGAACUGGAGCUGAUUCACUCAGCGGGUUUUAUGUUUCUGAAUAGGAGCCAUUUACUUAAAAUGGACAUUCUAAGACUUUUUGCAUUUGAGUCACUAAAGUAUUUCCUUGGACUGCCGGUUUGUUCUUAAAGGGGAUGAUGAAUGCUGGUGUUAAAAUGGCCUUUUACCUACAUCUAAUGUCAUGAGAAUUUGGGGAUCCACUCUUGCUUUUUAUUGAGAAUUAUUUUUAAGGUUUAAAGGAGGCAUGGACUUUGUCACAUUGGAAUUGUUGUGAGUAAUUUUGUCGACAGAAUUACAGGUUUCCAAUGUUGGUUGUGGCUCUGACCCAGUGUGGAGUUUUGUAGGGCAGAUGUUGGUCUAUAAUCAAAAUCCAGUGUCGUCGUAUCCCCCCCCCCCCUUUUUUUUUUUCCUGAAGAUUUGUUUUUUUGUCUAGAGUGUCUGCUCAAAAUGCACUGGAUAUGAGCUUUAUCAUUAAACAAGAAAAUAGGGCUGCAUAUGUUGCUGCAGGGGAAAAAAAAACAACCCAACAACCUCCAGCCACUGGUGAAACUACAGUAAACUGCAUGUCCCUGCACUACUGCACUGUCUUUUAGCUUUGGUUCUGGUGUCCUGGUUUGCUUUCAAACCGUUGAUCUUUAAGUAGAUUUGCCAGGAUCAGCUACCACCACUUAGGUGUGUGUGUGUGCGUAUGCGUGCGCACACACUUUAUUUAUUUGUUUGUUUAUUAAAUUAUUUUAUAUACUGUAGUGAUUAUAUUUAUUUGUGAAGUGCGUUACAUCUGUUACUUUUUUUAAAAACUACAGUUAAGUAGCAGUAUGCAGCACAUCUGGAAGGACUUCGGUUGUAUGCUGCUUUGCUCCAAAAUGACAAUCAUUUCUAGAUGUUUUCUUGACGCACUUAGCUGCUCACUUUGUGUUAAUGUUAACUUUGAUUAAUCGCCCAUUUACAGAUGUUUAGUUUGCGUUCAUGGGAACUUUUUUUUUUUUUUUUUUUUUUCCUUUCUUCUCUCCUUGGAUUAAAAAACAAACAAACCCUAAACUCCAUGUUAAUAUGCUGUCUAGCAAUAGCUUGGGUUGAGAUGCAAUGAAUUGCACAAAUCUUUUCAGCAGUCGUGAAUGGUGCCUCAGGUUUUGAAAGUGUUUUAUAUUACAGUCCUUGUGGGGAUGUGUAGGGCUUUGUAUUAACAUAAUGAUUGGGAAAUUCCAUAUGUUCAGGUUGUAAUGUUUUGUGUCCUUUGGCUAGCAUUAUCCGUUCUCCCUCUGGACUGUAAGAGAACCUGAGUGGAAAACGAAGGCAUUAUUGAGGCCUGUUGAAAACCUGUUGCAUGACCUUUCACAAGCAUGGGCGUUUGUGGGUUCCUCCCUUUCCCAAGUUUCGUUCAGGUGUUGGUGCUUUUUUUUUUCUUUUUUUUUUAAAGAGCUGUGUGUUCUGGGCGGAACUCAUUUAGAACGUUUUGCAGAGCACGGCGAGCUUCGUGUCGUGGUUUUUCCUUGGGCGAGAGGGAUGGAGAAGCUGUGUGCAGGAAGGUGCAGGUGCAUCAUGCUUCCAGGAAUGGUGGCUAUUGGCUUUGGCUUGGUGCCGUGCGGUUGGCUCUUGAGCCUGACGAGCACAGUGGCACCAAACUGGCGUUCCAUGCACAACAUCAGCGGAGAAGCUCCUGAAGUGGUCGUGUACCAGGGAAUAUGGCACAUCUGCAAGCACUCCCUGGACUCCAGCCUUGUCCUUUGUAACCAUGUGUAUGAAGGAUACUUUGAGAAUGAGAUCAUAGAGACGGCACAGAGAAUGAUGUCUGCGUCUCUGCUCAUGACCAUGGUCGGCAUGACGGUGGCGACGUUCGGUGUGCGGUGUUGGACUGAGAGGCCGAGCUGGACUGGCGUGUGUCUCGGUGGUUUUGUCAUCGUGUGUUCAGGGCUACUCACGGUCAUCCCUGUUGCAUGGUAUGCUCACCUGCUGACUGACCUGGAGUCCCCACCUGCCACCGUUCACAUGGGUUACUGCAUUACGCUGGGUUAUCUGGGAGGCGUCAUGGAGAUCCUGGGAGGUUUUGUCAUGUUCAUGUCAGUGUGGAGGUAUGGGGGCAGAGAGCCUGCAGAUGGAUCCCCAUCACACACACAGGUGCCACUGAGCUUCUGGAAGAUCACGGCAUAAUGAGCAGAUGUAGUGUGGCAACCUUCCCAUUAAGCAGGGGCUUCACCAGAGGACCAAAUGUAGUACAGGAUUUGGACUCCUUUUAAAACUUUAUACAAUAAAGCACCCACCAGCGCUGUUUUAUGAGAGGAGAGGGGACUAACUUGGAUGCCCUGUCACGGUUUGCCAUUUUUUGACUUGUUUACUGUAACUGAAAUUGUAGGACAUGGACUGGUAGCAUCAGAAUUUUAGGCUUAUGGAAUCUGAAAAAUUCUUCCAUACAUGUGUUUUGAAGAAUUUGCCUUGAGCUUUUGAUGCUGGCCAGUGUCUAUCUACCACACCUGGUGUUGAUCAUAAGGGUCUUUCUGUGAACAUCUGAGAAUGAUCACUGACCGAAUUCAAGAAUUUUCUGUAAAAUAUUUUUCCUUAGUACCUUUUGGAAAUGUACUGUGGCAUUUAAUCAUGUUUACUUGUGGAUUACAUUUAAUAGCCACACUUGCUAACCUUUCCCCCCCCCCCCCGCUUUUAUUUUCUUUUAAAGUAGUUCUGUUAUUCUGCUACUGAUCAACAAUUAUUCAUUUUCUCCUUAAAGCUUGUAGGAAAUUGGAUGUAGCCACACUUAUUUUUAUUUCAACUUGUAGAAAUAAAAAUAAAACAUGCUCUAAUCUUGUAUAAACCAGGUGGGGCUCAUCUUGUUUCUUAUUUCAGAGAAAUAUUGAGGUGAUUUAGGAUUCCAUCCUUUUUCUUUAAAUGAAAUUUGGGGUGUCAAUGGGUGUAAACUAAAUGGAAAAAAACUCUGGACAUUAGGUUAUGGAUAAAAUUAUA